AUGACCCUGUCAGUUUUUCAUUGUCUACCGCUCAUUUGCAUCGUCAUAGCAACAGCCAAAAUCGAAGAACUUAAGGAGACAGAACAAAUCUUGGAGCUCAACAACCUUGCCAAGGUAGACAUGUCAUCUGCGUCAAAAGAACUGUUUCAAGAGUUCAUGAGCACUCUUUGUUGGAACAAUCUCACUCCAAAAAACUUUUUGGAAAACUAUAUUAGAUGGGAAAAAGUGGAGUUUUUGGAAAGCGCAAAAAAGUUUCUUGUCCCGUCACAGUCCGACCAUCAUUUGUACAACAAGUACUUCUUUCACCUCGGGCACAAUUUCCUUUCCAACUGCACCGUCAAAAACGACAAAAAAUGGAGAGAGUCUCACUUUGAGAAGCACGAGAAUGAUUUGUUUGAUACCUACAUGUACGACGGAAUGGCGCAUCGCGAAUGGGCUACUUUAGAACUUUAA